GUCUGCGGCCUCGAAGACGAUGCUGCUCCCGAUCCUCAUCCCGGCUAUUGGUGUGAAUGGCUCAGCCCGGCCAGCCACUGUGGUGGUGGCAGAUGGUGAGCCUGACGUGAAGCAGGAGCCGAAUGAAGAGCCUGGUUAUGUGCAUGUCUCAGGCUCGAUGGAAACCUUUCAUGAGGUGUCCAGCUCUGCGGACAGCGUUUCGAAGCUUCCGGUUGCAGAACGAGAAGCAAAGAUGCAGGCGUUGAAGCAGAAAUUAUCCGGGGUGUUGGUGUCCGGCACCAUGGACCCUGGUCACACGCUCUUGGAUAGCGUGACGCAGAUGUAUGAGGCAAAUCAGCUGAAGUAUGUUGCACCGGAGAAGUGCGUGAGCAGAACACAUGAGCUUACCCAUGCCAAGCAGCCGACUAAGGUAGUUGAGUUGGAAGCAGAACGGCUUGUGGUGAAGGAGCAAGACAGCGUGCCAGAUGCUCAAGCUGGCAGCGGGUUGUUGCUGCUAGAGGCGCUCAAGCGUCGUGGGUUGGCCUUGGUUUUUGCAGACUGCAUCACGCAUAGCAUUCACGAGAAGUACAUCCAGCAAUUGUUCGCCCACCUACACCGAGAUCCCCCUCCAGGUUAUAGCAAAUGUACGUUGCAACAACUGGUGGCGGCAGACAAGGCGGUUUGGACGAAGCUCAUUGAAGAUUGCGUGAAACCGCGCCGCAACGAAGCCGGCGUGCUGGAGUUGGACACAGCUUUGGCCCACGCCUUGGAAUCCUAUGAAGUCAGCUUUCUGUUGCUACCCAUGGCCAAACAAAAGGAGUUGCCAAAGCGGCCUGAGAAGCGUCAGACCGCGCCCAAAGAGGCAGCUUCCGGGAAAGGCAAGGGAUCACGAUUCCAGCCUUAUGGCAAGGGCAAGGGAUCCGCUGGUGAAGCCAUCUGUUUCAACUACAAUUUGAACGGUUGCGACCAAGCAGCAGAUGGAGCGUCGUGCAGUCGAGGUUUGCACGUUUGUGCCAAGUGCUUCAAGGCCAUUGAUGAUGAUGCCUCGGAGGCAGACCUUGCGAACAAUGUACAAAUUCCUGACGUGUUGGAUGCAGAUUUGACCGCAGAGUCUGCGACCAACCGUGUGCCCAGGGCGGAGUCGGUCUGGGGUGUGCCGUGGUCAGAGGACGAGUUUGCGGCAGGCGCCAGCAAUGUGGCAAUCUUCAACAGCACGCGUUCGUCAGGUUCGCCAGAGCUCGACGCCAAGGUGUACCGAAAAACCCAAGUGGAACUAGACGAAGGCUGGAUCACGGGCCCUUACGAUCUGGGAGAGUUAGAGUUUGGUGUGGACGAACUUCUUCGACGACUUCAUUACCUUUUGCAGAUCGCCAGAGGCUGUGAGCACUAG